AUGGCACCGAAAUCAGACCCGUUCCCAGGCUUCACGGCCAUCACCGACCAAAUUUUCUUUCGGGAGGGCGAACCAGUAACAGAGGGCACGCAGCCAUCAGCAGAUCACCCAAGGGUCGUCAUCAUUUACAGCUGGGGCGACGCCAUACCAAAACACGUCUCCAAAUACGCCGAUGGAUUCCGCACACUCUUUCCGCACGCAAAACAGAUCGCCGUGCUUUCGCCCAUCGUCAAAGCCAUGAGAGAGGACCUUCAGACCCGCUCCAACAACAUGAAUCCCAUCAUCGAAGCCGCCUAUCCCUCGACAACGUCCGGAACACCAGACCCCAACGAAGAUGCGGUCCUCAUGCAUGUCAUGUCCAACACGGGCGGCAUCAACUACGCUGGAACGCUGCACGCCUACCAAGAGAGAUUCGGUCGCCCCAUGCCGCAUCGCCUGUCUAGCUACGACUCGACGCCCGGCAGCGUGAUCAUGACAUGGAACAACCUCAAGCGCUGGUCUCUGGCCAUGACCCUUGGCACCGCUGGUUGGUUUCCCUGGCCGUUCGUUGUGACACAGUGCAUCAUGGGCGUAUUCCUCCUUCUGAAUCACAGCUUCGAGCACCUCACCGGCCGGGAAAGCGCGCCUGUCUUCAGCGUCGCGGCCAUUGGCGACACGAAGUAUGUUUCCAAGGGAUCCCGCAAACUGUAUCUGUAUAGCAAGGAGGAUCCGCUCAUUGGCUGGGAGGAUAUCGAGGAGAAUAUGGCCGAGUCGAAGGGCAAGGGCUACGCCUAUGAUGCGGUGCGUUUCGAUGGCAGUGGCCAUGUUGGGCAUAUGCGGAUGCAUCCUGACCAGUACUGGAACGCUAUUGCAUCGGCUUGGAAAGAAACGUGA